GAAUCCUCUUAUGAUGCGACUUCUUAAUCCUGCUCUAUACGAACUUCCAUUUUAGGCAAUGAUCUAACGAUAACUUGCUAUCCGAUUCUAACUAGGAAUUUAGUAAUUAGUAAGUAGAUCACAUGCUCUUCCUAUUGAGAAGGAUAUCAUCGCUAUCUAUCGCAACAACAUCACCGUUAUCCUACUCUGCUCCCCUUUCUAGGCUCAACAACAUGGCGUCGAUCAACAACAACGGGAGUUCGUCGAGGUUAUCGGUGUUAGCUCAGCAGCUCCGCCUUUACAAGCCGCCGCCGGGUGAUGCUGAGGAUGAUGACGAAGUCGUUUCUCAAGUGGGUUUUGCGGAAUCUGCAACCCCAGUUGGGAAUCGGCCUUCGGAAAGAUUUAGACCUAAAAGAGCUGCUGUUUUGAUCUGCCUUUUUGAAGGGAAUAACGAUGGUAGUGGCGAGGAUCUUCGUGUGAUUCUUACUAAAAGAUCUUCUACUCUCUCUACACAUUCAGGGGAAGUUUCAUUGCCUGGAGGGAAAGCAGAGGAAGAUGAUACAGAUGAUGCUUACACUGCAACAAGGGAAGCAAAAGAAGAGAUAGGACUCAAUCCUUCACUUGUAAAUGUUGUAGCUGUUCUUGAGCCAUUUUUGUCCAAGCAUCUUCUACGAGUAAUUCCUGUAAUUGGCAUACUGUCUGAUAGAAGUGCAUUCAAUCCAACUCCUAAUGUUGAUGAAGUAGAUGAUGUCUUUGAUGCUCCUUUAGAAAUGUUCUUAAAGGAUGAAAAUCGAAGAUCCGAAGAGCGUGAAUGGAUGGGAGACACGUAUUUAAUUCAUUACUUUGACUAUAAAAUAAAUGGAAAAAGUUAUUUAAUUUGGGGUCUCACUGCUGGGAUUUUAAUUAGAGCCGCAUCCAUUGUGUACAAAAGACCACCUGCUUUUAUUGAACAGAAUCCAAAAUUCAAAGUUCCUGGAAUUGCAAAUAAGGAUACCACAAUGCCAUAAAAACAAAAAAAAACAAAAACACAUUGGGAUUAAAUAAAAACUUUGGUCAAAUUCAUUCGUUGACCUUGAAAUAUUGAUGGGUGGAAUUGGUGGCGAUGAUGGAAGAAUCCGGCCACCAUGGUGGUGGUGAUUGAAGAACUGGUGAAUUUCUUUGUUUACUCUUUGGCACCCUUUACUUUUGUAGAGUUGCUUGUAUAGUCCUUGAGGUAAGUUAAAAAAAUAUUUGUUGAAACAAUAGUAUUAUUUUAUCUUGUUGACAUGAAAAAGAUGGUGUUGACGUAUUUAUCAUUUUAAUAAAAUUGAUUGGUGUAUUGCG